AUUCAAAUUUUCUUUCUCCAGUUAUUCUGUAUAAAUGUAUUGUGUUGCACACAGCUGAAUAAUAAAAAUUUUACACACAUUGUCAAAAUAAAGUUAUAAUAUCUGGUUUGAUCUACUAAUAUUUUGUAGAAUUUUCGUUACAUAGCUCACUUAUAAUCUUCUUGGCUUUGGUAUCUUAAUCAACUGCCAAAAUUGAGAAUACAAUGCGAAGAGCUCACUCAAAUUAUGCCUAUGAGCCAUUACCAACAACAUCGAAUCAUGACAAUUUGGAAGACGAGAAUGAAAGAAUGACAAAUCAUUUAAAGGAUAAAAUUCAUGCUUUAAAGUCAUUGUCAAUUGACAUCGGAACUGAAGUACAAUAUCAGGAUAAGAUGCUUCGUGGAAUGGAUGAAGAUUUUGAAAGGACAAGUGGUUCAUUAACAUCUUCUGUUGCACGUGUUUUACGUUUAUCUAAAGGAAGUCAUAAUUAUUAUAUUUUAUACCUAAUCUUAUUUUCUAUAGUUGUAUUUUUUAUAUUGUGGGUGACAGUGAAGUUCUUUUAACUCAAAAAUAGAAUUAAUAAGAAGCAUAGGAAGUAACUCAUCCUCAUACUAUUUUGUUAAUAAAUUAUGAUUAAGCUAUUUAUUGAGCUUUAUGUAUAAAGUUAUAUAUACACAUUUUACAUUACAAUGUACAUAAAUCAAAUAUAAGUGUAAGAAUCAUUAGGAAUCAUAUAUUUUAUGUUAAAGGGAUGUAUUUGUACAUAUAUAUAUAUACAUGAUGGACCAGUAAAUAUUCGUAUUUCAAUUACUUCUAUGGUUACACUAAAGACAUGUAGAAAUCGGUUAAUCCGCGUUCAAAGAACCAUAUGGCAAUACUUCUCAAGUAUUACAUAACCAGUUCGUGAAAUUUACACGUCUAAUAUAGUGAUUAUUAAAUUUGUAAAUAUUGAAAAAAGACAUGAGACCGUUGUAAGUUAAUAAAUUUAAUAAAGUGGAAGUAUUGCGUAAGAUAUGUCCACAUUUUUAACUUUAUAUCAAUGCGCGCUACAAGGACAAUACCACUGGUGCCAUCGAAUGGCGAAGGAUGGUAACAGUUAAAUCGAAAAUUGGGAGAAACUUUGGAAUACUGUCAUCCCACGAAAUAUAUUGCAGACAGCAAAAAAUCAAUAUUAAUAAAUACAUAAUAAAUAUAUAGCAUAUUAAUCAAUAAAAU